AUGACCUCUCCCUCGUUAGCGCUGGGACACUUCCUGUCGCUAACAAGCGUCUGUUCCGCCGUGACCUCUGACCCCGGCGCACAGGGGCCUGGGACGGACGCCAUGUUUCCUCCAGGCGCAAAAACUACAAACAAAUCCCUCAUCGUCUCCGACCUGCGGCUGUGUUUAGCGCCUUCCUCCUUCUGUCUCCAGGCCUGCACAGUAUGGUCCGGUCUGGCACACUGGCAGCCGCAGUCGCCCUGGGACGCGCUGCCGUUGGGACUGGCGUCUGCUUCUUCACGCUCCUUUAGGCUUCAGCGCGUGCUUCACAUGUCGCUCACUUUCACCUCCACUGAGUCCGGCUCCGAGGAAAGAAUCCGGAUCUUUGAGAGCGCUAACAACGCUAACAGUGCUAACGAACGCGGUGUUGCCAAAGACACUCCCAAAACCUGGAACUCGGCCACUUCCCGCCAAAACAACAUCCUGACGGUGACAGCGGCAUCUGGCUCCAAACACGAGGAGAGACGACGAGACAACGUAAGGAAGAAGAAGAAGAAGGUUUAA